AUGAAUCCUAUUCCUUAUCUGCUUCGGCGUGCAGAGGAUGGCCCUGCCCCCGCUUGUGACACAAGCAACGAGUAUGAUGGCCGCAUGGGCGUUCGCAUCUCGUCUAUUUUCGUGAUUCUUGUUGGUUCCAUGUUUGGCGCCUUAUUCCCCGUAUUUGCGAGCAGCUUUCGGAAUUCAAAAGCCCUACGCUGGGCCUUUUUCGUCGCCAAGUUCUUCGGUUCUGGAGUUAUCAUUGCCACAGCGUUCAUUCACUUGUUGGGUCCUGCAGAAGAAGCGCUCCGAAAUGAGUGUCUCACCGGCCCAAUUACCGAUUACUCCUGGGCGGAAGGAAUUAUCCUUAUGACGGUUGUGGUUCUGUUCUUCGUUGAGUUAAUGGUCAUGCGAUAUUCUCGUUUCGGCCAAAAUCACGUUCAUGACGAUGCCGGUCAUGGCCAUGAUCACUCUGGUGAAACCAAGGCCGUUCAGCCUGCAUCACCGGAUGUCAAAGGUGGCCUUCCCGGCGAGGAUCACCUUGGUCAUUCUCGAGAACAUCGCGACCUUGAGCUGGCCGAGAAGGCUGCUCAUCUCGAAGAAUACAUGGCUCAGCUGACCUCCGUUUUCAUCCUGGAGUUCGGUAUAAUCUUUCACUCGGUCUUUAUCGGUUUGACCUUGGCAGUGUCUGGUGAUGAAUUCACAACCCUCUACAUCGUGCUGGUCUUCCAUCAAACAUUCGAAGGAUUGGGUCUCGGCGCCCGACUAGCUGAUAUCCCCUGGCCGCGCUCCAGACGAUGGACCCCGUACCUCCUCGGCAUGGGAUACGGAAUCUCAACACCCAUCGCAAUUGCCAUUGGUCUCGGUGUCCGCAAGACCUACCCCCCUGAAGGCUACACCACCCUCGUCGUCAAUGGAGUCUUCGAUUCGAUCUCAGCCGGUAUCCUGAUCUACACUGCCCUUGUCGAGCUGAUGGCCCACGAAUUCAUGUUCAGCACAUCGAUGCGCAAGGCCCCCAUCCAGCACGUGCUUUCCGCGUUCGGUCUUCUGUGUCUGGGUGCCCUUUUGAUGGCGCUUCUCGGAAAAUGGGCUUGA